CUUCACAUUUCCUCAAACUUCUAUUUAUAGAAAGCCUUUUAGUCACUGCCGAAAACUUAAGUGCAGAGAUAUAGAGAAGGAGAAAAUUUAAAGAGAUAUGAAGCAUUUUAGCCAUCCCCAUGAAAUGCAAGUUAUCGAAGUACCAAGCGAAAAUAAGCAGCAAAUAUGUUUUGGUUGUAAUCUACCCUUAUUUGGUUCUUGUUACAGUUGUUCACCUUGCAGUUUUUACCUUCAUAAAUUCUGUUUUGAGUUUCCACAAUCUGCUCAAUUCAAAUCCCAACACAAACACAAUCUUGCCCUCCUCUACCCACCAUAUAUCCAGGGGGGUUGUGAAGCCUGUGGUGAAUUCUGCAAUGGAUUCACCUACAAUUGCUCUAAGUGCAAAUUUAACCUUCAUGCCAAUUGUGCUAGUUUGCUUGAAACUGAGCCCAGAAAUGAUCGUGAGAGAUAUAUUGGGAUGUUCUUGAGGCACAAGAUAUCAGAACAGAAGAAGACGAAAGCUGAACUUGGCUUGAUGAAAGCUAAGAAUCAGCACUAUGAGACAGAACAAGCACGCAUAAGACAGAUGAGGAUGGAAUCGGAUUUGCAGCGCCGAAGGCAAAACCUGUAUAAUCAACAGUUGAACAGUAUGUCAGAUUCUAUAAAUUUCAUGGGACAAAUUGGAACAUCAAAUUAUACCUAUAGAUACUAUUAAAGAAGAUUUUAGCAGAUUCUAUCCAUUUUCUUGAGACAACGUUAUUCUCCUUUCUUGCUUUCUUGUGAGACAUCUUUUGGUGUUCUGUCGCGUUGCUGUUUCUAAUGUGUUGUGUUCAUCAUUUAAAUGUUUGAAUUUCUUUUAUCUUUAUUUCUACAAAUUACUUUUUGCAGUUUGAUAUGUACCAGUCAUUUGUAUCGCUACUAAAUUUGUGUACCAUGAAUCCAGUUUUUUCACUUC